CCAGAUCAUAGAUCUGAUGAUGCUGGUCAUUGAUGUGACCAAAGGGAUGCAGACCCAGUCAGCAGAGUGCCUUGUGAUUGGGCAGAUCGCCUGCCAGAAGCUGGUUGUGGUGCUGAACAAAAUAGACCUCUUAGCUGAAGGGAAGAGGCAAGCGACGAUUGAUAAAAUGACCAAGAAAAUGCAGAAGACCCUAGAGAACACCAAGUUCCGAGGUGCACCGAUUAUACCUGUGGCGGCCAAGCCUGGGGGACCAGAGGCCCCUGAAACAGAAGCUCCACAGGGCAUCUCAGAGCUCAUUGAGCUCCUGACGUCCCAGAUUUUCAUCCCAGCAAGAGACCCCUCGGGACCGUUUCUCAUGUCUGUGGACCACUGUUUCUCCAUCAAAGGCCAAGGCACUGUGAUGACAGGGACCAUCCUCUCAGGCUCCAUCAGCCUUGGUGACAGUGUGGAGAUUCCUGCCCUCAAGGCUUGCCCUUUUAACUCAACAUUACGAUGGCGAACUCUGUCCUUGCUGGUGGUGAAGAAGGUCAAGUCCAUGCAGAUGUUCCACAUGCCUGUCACCUCAGCCAUGCAGGGAGACCGGCUGGGCAUCUGUGUCACCCAGUUCGACCCCAGGCUGCUGGAGCGUGGCCUGGUAUGUGCCCCUGAGUCUCUGCACACAGUCCAUGCAGCCCUCAUCUCCGUGGAGAAGAUCCCGUAUUUCCGGGGGUCCCUGCAGACCAAGGCCAAGUUCCACAUCACGGUGGGCCACGAGACAGUCAUGGGCCGGUUGAUGUUCUUCAGCCCUGCCCCCGACUGCUUUGACCUCGAGCCAGUGCUGGACUCCUUUGACUUUUCUCGAGAAUACCUCUUCCAGGAGCAGUACCUGUGCAGGGACUUGGCACCUGCAGUGACAGACAGCGGUGAGGCCGACAAGAAGGAGGCCCAGGCCCCAGGAGGCCGCUGCCCCCGGCAGCAGUGGGCCCUCAUGGAGUUUGAGAAGCCUGUUACCUGCCCUCGGCUGUGCCUGGUGAUCGGCUCCAGGCUGGAUACGGACAUUCACGCCAACACGUGCCGGCUGGCCUUCCACGGUGUCCUGCUCCACGGGCUGGAGGACAAGAACUACACUGAGAGCUUCCUGCCCAGACUGAAAGUGUACAAGCUGAAGCACAAGCAGGGCCUUGUGGAGCGGGUGAUGGAUGACUACAGCGUGAUCGGCCGCUCCCUGUUCAAGAAGGAAACAAACAUCCAGCUCUUCGUGGGGCUCAAGGUGCACCUGUCCACAGGUGAGCUGGGGACCAUUGACAGUGCCUUCGGCCAGAGUGGCAAGUUCAAGAUCCACAUCCCUGGUGGCCUAAGCCCCGAGACCAAGAAGAUCCUGACACCCACCUUCAGGAAGCGGGGCCGGGCCGGCCGAGGGGAGGCGGCCAAGCAGGAGGAGGGUGCUGAACAUUCCGAGCCGGCCCAGCACGUGGGACUGAGCCUGUCUUUCAAGCGUUAUGUCUUUGACAUCCACAAGCACAUGGUCCAGUCUCCCUGAGAGCCCCAGUGAGCUCCUGCAGGGCCACCUGCCCAGGCCUGGGCUGAGCCACAGUGCCAGACACCCAGCCAGACAUGCCUCAACCUCCCUGGUCUCUCCCCACGCCCUGCAGGCAGCAGGCCCCCAGGCCUGGCGCUCAGCUUAUGAGAAGCCUGGGGUCAGGGGUGGGAGCUCCAGGGUCGCCAAGGCCAGGAAGAUCCGUCCUUUCACCCCUCAGCCUCCAGGAACAGGCAAGACUAGAGAGCUGGUGGCCACAUGAGGGCCAGGCCCCACCCUUCCCCCAGGUGGCCUGGCACUUGCCAACUGUAAAUAAAUGUGCUGUGGUGCCUACCCA